AUGCCUUCCAGAAUUGAUAUGGCCAUCACAGAGACCCCAGUGGCUAGACGCAAGAAUAAUGACCCUCCGCGUUCCCACAUGGUCGGACGACUUCACCCGUCUGGGUUGAGGAUCACCAUGGAGGUUAACAACUACUUCCUCAACAACUGGCCUUUCCCUGAUGAGCGAACCAAGCUCCAGUUUGUUGCUGAAGGUCUGCCAACUUGGCACUUGUGCCAGUACCCGACGGCCCGCGAGGACCGGGUCGGUGCGGCUUGCCGCUUCAUGGUCAUGCUCUUCCUUAUUGAUGACUUGCUAGAGCAUCUUUCUCUGAAGGAAGGCUCGUCCUACAACGAGCGAUUGAUCUCUAUAGUCAAGGGUGAGACGGCACCUGCCCAGGAUUCGCCAAUUGAGAAGAUGGUCUUGAAUGUCUGGGAAGAUAUGAGAUCCAUCGACAAGAGGCUCUCGGAUGACAUUGAAGAGCCUACGUUCGCCUUUUGGCGGUCUCAGAAUGAUAAGGAUCGUCUGGCGAAGAAGAGUGUGGCAGAAUAUCUCAAGUAUCGAGAGCUCGACGUCGCUUCUGCCGUGCUUCUAGCUACCCAGCGCUUCCAGGACGCAAUAUACCUCAGCAAAGAAGAACUGGCCUCAGUUGCUGAUCUGGAACUCAACUACACGCACCACAUCUCCGUCAUCAAUGAUGUCCUGAGCUGGGAUAAAGAACUUCGCGCUUCCAAAGACAUCGCGGCUGAGGGCUCCAUCGUCAGCAACAUUGUUCAAACUCUGGCUGAUGAGAGUGGCCUUGACUAUGAUGGCGCGAAGCGAACCUGCUGGGUCAUGAUUCGGGAGUGGGAGAGACAGCACGAUGCCAUCGUCCAGCAGAAGCUCCAGGAGGGCUGCUCUGAUGCACUGAAGACCUACAUGGAGGGGAUCGAACUUCAGAUGAGUGGUAAUGAGUUGUGGAGUCGAACUACGCACCGCUACAAUGCCCCUCAUCUUAAGUAG